AUGUCAGAUGCUCAUUUAGUAGCGCCGCUAAACAACAACUCCGCAACAGCCGCAACAACGGCCCCUGCCGAAGCUGAAGUGCACUUGGUAAAGAGACUCAGAAGAGAGACUUUUGUACAGGCGCUUGCGGUAAAGCUCAGACGCCGUGUGAGCUAUGUGAGAAAGAAUUUUUUAUUUGGGCUUUUUGUGGACCAAACUUAUGUCUACCCCGUUCUAGGGUUUUUAAGGUUUGUGGUUACUCCUUCUUUUUGGCUGUACAGUUUUGUUCUGGCUUUCUGCUUCGCAUUCAUAUUCGUCACUGUCGCUGUUCUUUAUUACCUCUUCCUAUUGCCUAUUUUGUUAAUCUGGGCUGUUAGCACAUUGGGACCCGUAGGUUUCGUGAUUGUGCACAUUCAAUGGUUGUUGCAGUCCAAUGCUUUAGCUAUUACACUCACAAAUAUACUGAUAGCGCCUAUAUUUGCCGACAGUAUAUUUGACGCAACAUUAACAAAACUAGGCCAUGCUGAGUUCUUAGAAAGAGCAAAACAUCUACCUGUCACAUCACCAAAGCAAGCUUCGUGGCGGUCUCUGGAAUUUUGGUUGGUAGUUUUUCCUUCCAAAACAGUUUCUCUGAUGUUUUCGUUAAGCUCCAAAGUUGCUUUGAGUAUGCUUUCACUGAUUCCAAUUGUGGGACCCACAAUCGUCAAUCAACUUCUCAGUCCUACAAGAGGGUUUUCUUAUGGUAAAAGGUUCUAUGUGCUCAAAAAUCUAAGUGGAAGCCAGCUCAAAGACAAGUUCUAUGAACACCUUGGGCAGUAUACUGCCUUUGGAAUGAUGGCUGGGUUGUUGGAACUGAUACCAAUAAUGUCUAUCAUCACCAUUCCGAGCAAUGUGAUAGCAGGUGCGUUAUGGGCAUCAAAUGAGCUGAAGAAAGGUGAAAUGUCUAUAAAUGCUUGA